CGUGACAACGCGACAACGCGACAACGCGACAGACGUUUGUAUGAACUUGGAAAUCAAAAUAAAUAAUCCCCUGGAGUGCCUACCAUCUCGGAUCUGAGAUCUCAGCGCUUCCUUGAAUCAUACGCCAUGUUUUCGUUUAUAUAAAAAAAACUCCAUCUUAGGCGGUUCAAUGGACGCUUGGCGUGCCGUCUCCGUCCCUCGACCGCGGCUCCGUUAUCAGAUAUGAAACCUCCGUAGACCCAGGUCUUCAGAUUUGCUCCUGAUUUCAUAGUGAACGAGGACUCGCCAUGCCCACCCUGACCUCCAAGUGGCGCUAUCUGUUCAUGCUGCUCGGCGUGCAGCUCAUCGUCAUGGCCCUCCUGUCCAGGGAGGCGUACCAGAAGAGGGUGACGUAUUUUUUCCGGAUCUUCCGCAAACUGGACGUGCUAAGCGGCUCGGCCGGGCCGGGGUCGGGUCACGGGAGCAACCACACCGGUGCUGACGUCUACGCAAACCUGUCCCACCUGGCACAAGCGUUUAACAAAGAGGACCUGCACUACUGCCCUAAAACAUCACCACUACUUAGUGGACCAAUCCAUGUCAGCUUCCCAUCAGGACUCACACUCGCUCAGGUGGAGAGGAAGAAUCCACUGGUGGUGCGCGGGGGGCGCUACAGACCGCCGGACUGUGAGGCUCGACAUCGCACCGCUAUAAUCAUUCCUCACAGGAACAGAGAACAACAUCUGAAGUUCUUCCUCUACUAUAUCCAUCCCUUCCUACAGAGACAACAGCUGAGUUACGGCAUCUACGUCAUCCAUCAGGCUGGUGACUACACGUUUAACCGGGCAAAGCUUAUGAACAUCGGGUUCCGGGAGGCUAUGAGGGAAGAGGACUGGGACUGUCUUUUCUUCCACGACGUGGACCUGAUCCCCGAGGACGACCGCAACAUGUACACGUGUGACCGCAACCCCAAACACGCCGCCAUCGCCAUGGACAAGUUCGGUUACAAACUGCCCUAUAAGGCGUAUUUUGGAGGUGUUUCCGCGCUCAGUCCUCUACACUAUCUGAAGAUGAACGGUUUUCCCAACAACUACUGGGGCUGGGGGGGUGAGGACGACGACAUCGGCAUCCGCGUGUCUCUGGCCGGGAUGUCCAUCAGUCGCCCGUCUCUGAAGAUCGGCCGCUACAAGAUGAUCAAGCACAAACUGGAUGAAGGCAACGAGGUCAACCCUAAAAGGUUCAGUCUGUUGGCGAAGACUCAGCAGACGUGGAGGGCAGACGGGAUGAACUCGGUGGCGUAUGAGCUCGUGUCUCGUGAAUACCUGCCGCUCUACACCAACAUCACCGUCAACGUCGGGACGGAGCAAAGCCUGCGACCACCGACCCCCAAAACCCAGCCCAAAGAGCGUGCAGAGAACCGGCCGGGACGUUAACACACACACACACGCGCACACACACACAGAGAGAGCUGAGUACAGUGUGUGUUUUGUGGGCGGAGCCUCUCUAGUGCAUCAAUCAGGUUAUAAACUUUAGUGCCAUUUUCAGCCAUCUAUCUGUCUAUCCUUCUCUCUUUCGCUCUCUCUUUCUCUCAUUCACACCGGAGGUGUGUGUUCAGUCGCACGCACACACUCAGUGACUGACCUACACAGCUCUCUCCACAUGCUCAGGUGUGUUUGUGUGUGUGUGUGUGUGUGUGUGUGUGUGUGUGUGUGUGUGUGUGUGUGUGCGCGCGUGUGUGCGUGCAAGAAAUUCACACCGUUGUUGCCUUAGACACAAACCUGCACUCUCUCUCUCUCUCUCUCUCUCUCUCUCUCUCUCUCUCUCUCUCUCUCUCUCUCUCACACCUUAUGGUUGUUUUCUGGGUUGUUAAGUACUUCCUGAGGAACUUCCUGGUUUCAGAACACCAGCACCGAGGCCCAGAGGAUCAUGGGUAACAGUUUACAGUGCCAGCCGAUUGUUAAAGACUGAAUGGGCGGAGUCUGUUACCCCAUACCUUGUGUACUGUAAACACGCUGUUGGGACGAAAAGGAAGGAAAAAAAAUUUGCGUAAUCAGAAACAUCACAUCGACUGCUGCUUUACAUUUCCAUACAGCAUCCUGUCUGACGGUCUGUCUAGCCAUCUGUCUGGCCGUCUGUCUUUUCUGGCUACAUGUAACCAUCAUGGCCUUUACAGAAGGACUUCCUGAGAUAUGGAGGGUUUUUUUUCCUGUGUAAAAGACUUUAAAAUGGUAAUUUCCAUAAUUUAGGAUUUUAUUUUGACUAGAAAAGAAAAAUAUUUACUGUAAUUUACCACUUUAUAGUUAACUAUUUUUAUUAGCACGCUGUUCUUACCAAAACUUUCAUCUCUCCCCUUGAAGGGGGCGUGGCCAAGUAGUUUAUUUUUAUUGUUAUUUAGCUAACUAGUUAUUGAUAUAAAGAUUGUACAGGUGUACAGCGUAAUUUAGCGAGCUAGCCUGGUAGUUAGCUAUCCACUAUCGCUCUUUGGACCUAUAACCUACGCAACACUAAUUUCUGCCACGCCCAAACCCUACGUGUAAAUAUCGCACGUGUAAAUAUCGCACGUGUGUGUGUGUUCAGAGCUCGACAGGGACGUCCAGCCUCAUAUUUAUCUUCAUUCUGAUCGAUGUAAAAGUGAAGAAACGAGGCGGAGGGAUGAGGAGAUCAGUGAUCAUGCUUUGAACUGUAAACAUCUGUUCUCCACAUCUGCACUUUCGCUCGUGAAGAUUGUGGAUCUUGUCCAGGAGACGUUGCGGGACGAACCCCUUCCUCAGCUGCAGCCCAGAGUCUCUUCCCUUUUAUUUUCAAAAUCUUCUGAUAUAAACUCUCAAGACAUUUUAAAGAAAACAUUAGGAAUGUAAACUCGACCCCAGAAUGAGACGGAUUGUUUUCCCCGUGUGAAGAACAUCAUGAUCAGCACAUGCGCCUGAUGAUCACGCCGUCUGCUUCUCCCACGUCUGCUUUUUACCUCAGAAAUCUGAUGGCGUGUUUUGGGGUACCGCUGCUAGUGUUAGUGCACAUCUUGUGUAGGUUUGGUGUUCAGCAUUAGUUACGUUGUUCUUAUGCAUUUCAGAGCGGACGGUUAGCAGCAGGUAGCCGCCGCCGGCUCGCUCACGUGACGUUACUACUACCAUCACUCCAUUAUAACAUUUCCCGCUAAUCGUCUUGCUAGGUCCGUUAACUUUACCGCUAUCUGAACCGAUUAGCUAGAUCUUCACUCUCAAACUGAAGAUGUGAAGACGUAGGCACAUCACAAAGAUCAUUACGUUUAAGCGCCGCCACAUUUUUAAACCCGCAAUGCGUUUAAGUUCCACAUCGGUCAUUUCAGCGGUUCUGUAGUUGACACGGUUGUUAUGGAGACCGCGAUUUGUCCUCAUGUCUUUCUGAAGCGACUCCUGAGUCUCAACACGUCACAAUUACUGCGUUUUUAUUGCAGCCUCUGACGUCACCAUCCAUAUCAAUUAUCAUGACGACGGACGUGUGUGUGUGUGUGUGUGUGUGUGUGUGUGUGUAGAGCUCUAGUGAUAUUUUUUUCCCGCUUGUUUUUAAUCUAACGUGCCUACGUGUGUGUGUGGAGCUCCAGUGAUUGUUUUCCAUUGUUUGUUUUUAAUCUAACGUGCCUACGUGUGUGUGUGUGUGUGUGAUUGUGGUAGAGGGACAUUGUGAUUAUUUUUGUAAUAAAUCCUGCACACGGUACAGAGUGGCCUUAUAAACAUUAAUAAACAUUUAUCAAACA